UACUCUCUUCACCGGGUCGACUUGAUCUGGACGGGUGGCUUGAUAUCAUAUUACUCUCAUAUUGGUUGCAUUUGAUUUGAUCUAAAAGUGAGUUUGAGAAUACUCCGAUUUCAGGAUGGAUCACUCUAUGCAUAACAUGGGAAUGGAUAUGGAUCAUGGUCAUGAUCAUGGCGAUAUGGAUAUGGGCGGAAAGUGCAGUAUGAAUAUGCUGUUCACCUGGUCUACGAAAGACCUCUGCAUCGUCUUCCCCCAAUGGCACAUCACCAGUACUUGGUCCCUUCUGGGUUCGCUUGUCGUUAUCGUGCUCUUGACAGCGGGCUACGAGGGCAUCCGACAGCUUACAAGGCAAUUUGAGGCGGCUCAUGCUCGGAGGCUGGGCGCGUAUACUACAGUUGCGGUGGGAGGCAGCGAUAUCCACGACGAUUCUGCCGCGGCCAAUGCCCCUUCUAGCGAGACACUACCUGUCCCGAAUUCCGGCUCACCCCUAGUUGUAGGCAGGGAUAGCCGAAGGGCCGUCGAGCAAAGAGGAAAAAUCACCAUGGCGGCAUUGUAUGCUGUGCAGGUCUUCUAUAGCUUUUUCAUCAUGCUGCUCUUUAUGACGUAUAACGGUUUUGUCAUGCUUGCAGUUGCCGUUGGCGCCUUUGUAGGAUAUCUGGCGUUCGGAGACAACACCUCCGCCAGCAAAUCAGUUGCUUGUCAUUAGUGGACUGCAAGCAUGAAGGCUUGCCUGGAACCUUGAGCUGGAAACAGUUUUCACUCAGACUCGGCAUAUGCUUAGCAGUAGCUUUGUUGGGUACUGUGACCGCUUGUCGUUUGAUAGCAUCAGUUGCACAUUGGGUCGAAUGAACAUGGGGUAGUGCGUCCACUUCAAGUAGCGAAUACCGUACUUAGGGAACUUCUACAUCACUCCCGUCAUCUCCGAACCC